UUAAACACCUGACCUUUGAGAGAAGAGUGAUCUUAAGUUUGGGGCAUCAUGGUUUUCACACCAGUGCUCCUGCUGCAGAUGCUUCUAGUCUCAGGAGUGUCUGCAUCACACUAUUUUGGAGGACACACCGAAUUCUUAGCGGAGAAAAACCCAAAUGGAACAUUUACAGUGAACAUUACCUUUAGGGAAACCUUUGAUGGCUGUUACUACGGUCAACACAUGAAUUGUUAUGAAAGCUACUGUGGAUAUGAGAACUACCUGUAUAGGCAAAGAGCCACGCUUGACAGCAGCACCAACGCUCCAGUCUAUAACAGAAAAUGGUGCGAAGCAGAAACAGUGAUGUCAAGAAUUGUCCCAUCCAACAGACCUUUCUCGAUGCGAUCAGCAAGCUGUUGCUGGAUUCCAACAAGGAACUACCUCUAUAGUUGGAGACUACUGACCGCUCUGGAUUUGGGUACAAGAUCUGACACAGGAAAGCCAAACAAAUCACCAGUUAUUGGCACGCUACCUUUUCUUCGGGUUCCUCAAAAUUGCCCACGGAGAUACAAGCUAAUGGCCUUUGAUGCUGAUGGAGAUCAAGUACGAUGUAGAUAUGGAAUUCUCAGGAAUAGAGAAUGCAGCUCGUGCAGUCACCCUGUAGGCUUUUACCUGGAUCAGCACUCUUGCACAUUGUACUACAACAAUACCCAUAAUGAUACUAGAGUUUUUGGAUUUGAAUUGGUAGUGGAGGACUUUCCAAGACACCCCAUUACACUCUCCUAUAGUGAUGGCUCCUAUUCCUACAAAUCUCCUCUAAUGUUCAGGAGAAAGAGGCGGUAUAUUAAUCCAUACACAUCUUCGUGGACAACUAAAACAAGUACCACCAUCCCAUACUGGUGGUCGCAAACUAGAGGAUCAAAUAUUACAAGCUCUGAGACGACAACAGAAGCAACCACACAGUGGCAUCGAAGACCUACAAAGGCACACCCAAGGUCGUGGAAUACAAGAUCGACAACAACAGGGCAUCCCACUGCAACACAGUACCAUACUACAACUCAUCGGCCUGCUCCAAAUACAAUGAUACCUACAACAGCACACUGGGCGCUGUGGACUACAAGAUCAAAACAUCUCAUUACAAGGCGGCACCGAACCACAACAUCGCCAACGAACACUCCUCGACCUACAGCCGCAAUGACAACCACGACUGAACCUCUCUACCUUGGAACUCUAGCUCUCAGCAAACUACCCUUGCAAUUCUCCUUAUUGGUGGACCCUGAUAUUCCAUCAUGUGAAGAAGGACUUUACAUACCACGUUUUCAACAUCCAACACCCGAGAAUGGACAACAUAUCUAUGCAGAGGUCAACAAAGAGGUGGAGAUCAGAGUCAAAGCGAAAGCUACGCAAUCGAUAAUACAUGACAUCAUUAUGAGUGGACCAAGAAAUAGCAAUAAGCACAGAACCACACACAACGAGUUCGUCAUAAGGUGGAUCCCGAAGCCUGGCGAUAUAGGUGGACACUUCCCACUGUGUUUUGCUGUCGAAUCAGGGCCUAUUUCGCCAUCUCCAAUUCCAACUCAAGAUGUAUAUCACUAUUAUUACCACUACUACCCCAGGCCCAAUCCAGUCUAUCAAUCUGAAAUGAGGUGUGUGCUGAUUAAUGUAAACAAGAAGACAGUUGAAGCCAAGGUGACCUGCUAUCAGUCCAGUAUGAAAGUAGAAGUUGAGAAAGCUUCACUCAGUGGGAUCCAUGUGGACCACCUACGUGUCAAUGAUGGCAGUAACAUUCUGUGCAAUCUCCAGACAAACUCCAACAGCACACAUGUAGUUGGAAUCAUCCCCCUUAACUCUUGUGGCACUCUUCUGGAGGAGGACGAAACAUACCUUAUUUUCAAGAAUGAAAUAACAACUAUAGACGACCCCGAUGACUUUAUCACCAGGAAACACAGACUGGAAUUGGACUUUGAGUGCCAGUAUCCGAAACGGGGAAAUGUGACCCAGACUUUCCUCUCACACAGAGAGACAUUCAUUGUUUGGGAAAAGGGUUUCGGCAGGUUCACCUAUCAGUUCGAGUUCUACCCGAAUGACCGAUUCCAAAGCAGGAUUAGUCCAAACUCAUACCCUAUGGAAUAUGAACUAGGACAGAGGAUUUACAUGAAGAUAGAAGCCUCCUCCUCCAUCAACAAUACAGAACUUUUCGUUGAAUCGUGCAGAGCUGCUCCAUAUGACAACCCUAACGUUCGGCCGACUUACUCUAUCAUUGAAAAUGGAUGUGCAGUGGAUCAAACAGUUUUGAUGUACAACACUUCUGAUCAACAUGAAUUCAAGUUCAGCAUGGAGGCCUUCAAAUUCAUUGGUUUGCAUGACCAAGUAUAUAUCAGCUGUUCAGUCAUGAUGUGUGAGGCAGGGAACCCAUACACUCGGUGCUCAAAGGGAUGCAUCAACACCACAUCCGAACACCAUUAUUAUAAGAGAGAGGCUGUCAUCCAAAGCGCAAACCAUUUGGUUUCUCAAGGGCCAUUACGUCUUCAGAGAUCAGUAGAGGGUAACAAAACCACAGUGAUGAAUUUCAAUCUGAACCUCGUCUUUAUUGCUGGAUGUCUUCUCGCAGUUGCUGGCAUGAUGGCUGUUGUCAUGUACAAAGCCAAAAUGUCCAGGUUUACGUAUCAACGUUUGCCAACUUCUGAAAAUUAAAAACGUGCGCGUAUGUUCAUUACGUUUCAUUUUGAGCAGAUGCAUCUGGGUAUCAUAAUCAUAUAUCAUUACAACAAUGAAGUCAUGAUUUGAAUGUAAAAGGUAUAAUAAGGAUGUUAAUUUUCUGGUGUGCUUGCUCAAUAGUUAGAGGAACUUCUUUUUUCCAAUCAACCUACUUUAAAAGGACAAUCAAACAUCAGUGCAGCUAUGACCACUAAAUUUGACGGUGAGAACGAAAGCAUAAAAUCUCCAUUAUGAUCUCAUUGGAUGCAUUGACAGCAACCUGACGUCCAAUUGAGUUGAACAUAAUAUAUUACAUGUUCAAAUGGACUGUAGUCCAUUGCGAAUGAGUUGAGAAAAUUGUAAUGUACCUGAGAAUAAAAAUAUAUUUAAAAAAAAAAAAAAUUGUGUUUGAUGAAAAUCCAUUGAAAGUCCUGCUUUACAAUCAAUAGAAAUAUAACACCACACAACAUUUAGUAUCCAGCAUCUCCUUUUUGUUCAAAUAAAUAUGCGGAGAAAAACCACCAAAGACUCAAAGCAGUCAUACUCGUGAUUUAAAUGAAUAAAUAAAUAAAUAAAUAAAAAUUAAUAAAUAAUUUUAUAAUGUUGCACAACAUUUAGCCACAAUACUGCUACGCUUUUGUAUGACUUGGUCCUACAUGGUGCCCAGGGCGACAAAAAGUUUUGGUGACCUCCCCCCCAAGCCAAGAAAAAAAAACAAUUGCAAAAAGACAACAACAGUUGACCCAGAAAAUACAGCGCAUGAAGUAUGCUCAGCACAAGGCAACAACCAAAACACAGUAUUUGCUAAGAAUGUUACAUUGUUAACGGUACCUGACCAGUUGAUAGCGCACAUCAAUAAAUAUGUGCAAGAGAAUAUUAAUUUAACAUUACAAACAUAGACUUCAUAAUGGUAUUGACAGGACAAGCAAGGGCGCGGAGCCGAUUAAUAGGGGGCCUAUUUCAGUCUAAGCCAGGGGUGGGCAAUUAAUUCCACAAAGGGCCGCAGUGGGUGCGGGUUUUUGUUGCAACCCAUUAAGAGGACACCUUUUCACCAAUCUGCUGUUUUACAAGUGCAAUCAGUCGAUUGCAGUCAGGUGCUUCUCAUUUCUGCUGAAACCGAAUUGGUUAAACUAUCUGUGCUGGGUCAGCUGGAACAAAGACCAGGACCCACUGCAGCCCUCGAGGACCAGUUUGCCCACCCCUGGUCUAAGCUGACCGAUUGGAAACACAAAGAGCUUUUUAUGUUGAAAAAUCUUGUAAAUAAAUGCUUAAAUCCCUGAAUUAUUUAUACAUAUGGAUGUAAAACAGUCUCGAUUCUUGGUUAAAAGCAACAACAACAACAACAAAAAGUGCAGGUAGCAUUUAUUUUAAGUAGACAUGUCGAAUUUGCUGCUCGUCUUCAAGUCACACUGUGGCGCCGCCUUACCACAACAAAGAGCUUUUUAUGUUUAAGUUCUUGUGAAUAAAUGCUUAAAUCCCUGAAUUCUUUAUAGAUAUGGACGUAAAACAGUCUCGAUUAUUGGUUAAAAGCAAAAAAAAAAAAACAACAACAAAAAGCAUGCAGGUAGCAUUUAUUUUACGUAAAUAUAUCGAAGGACGAUGCAAGUCCGUAGCAGUUACUUUCUCCCGUUGAUUUUUUUUUUCACGUUUCAAAAUGCAUGUAUGGUACAAAAAAUAUACUAAUUACCUUGAAUCCUCAAACAAAUCACUCCUGAGACUAUCCUUCCUGUUGGUAUGAGGUAGCGCUUUCUUACUUUUUCAACUAAAUCCGGCGUUGCAUAUGCUGCGUGCCUAUGUUUGUGAACACGGAGGUUCGUUCCGGCCCUGAGACACAGGAAGAGGAGGCUUGACGACGCUUUACAGUCGCACAACUGAGUUUAUUUUAAAAAGCAAGAUGAUAAAAAGGCUAAAAAGUGAGUCACUUCUGGCUAGACGGUGUGGGAUUCGGGCUCCCCAGGUCGGCCGGUGUUGUGCCGAAAAAUGUCCCCCCGCGUGAAAUGUCCCCCCUGACGGGAGUGCCCACACCUCACUCGUACAAACAGCUUUUUCUUACCAAUCGAUGGACACGGAAAUGACUUUCUUGUACUGUGAAUAUGUAUUACUUUACUCUGCUUCAACUAAUACAAGGUGACCCAAAAAAAAGUUUACACUCAGUUGACUGCUUGUUUAAAAGCCAUUGAAACAUAUCUAAAUAAUUUGUCAUGCUUAAGUGAUUCAUUAAGGUCACUCAAUGCAGCUGGUACGGUAAUCUCUCGUCUCUACAAUUCCUGUGCUUCUGCUGAAAAUGAAGAAAACUUUAGCUGUACCUGAAUUGCUGCGUGCCGGUCUGACACCUACUGAGAUUGCAGCAAAUCUGAGAAUAUCCAGAUGUGCAGUCUACAAAGUUAAAAAGAAGCUGAAAGAUACUGGAACAGCCUCACGAAAACCUGGGUCUGGAAGUGCCGAUCUGUGCGGACCAAAAAGUUGAUUGACAAGGUGAUAUGUGGCCACCUCAGAGUCCAGAUCUCAAUCCCCUGGAUUAUAGCAUAUGGGCAACUGUGGAGGACAGUGCCUGUAAGAAGCCACAAACUUCUGUGGCAGCCUUGGAGAGGUCCAUUGUUAGAUCUUGGGAAAAGAUGACAGCAUCCUACAUAAAGAAGACCUGUCAAGCGUUCCGCAGGCGCCUGGAGGCUGUUGUGACACUUAAGGGAGGACACAUUGAAAAAUAGAGUGUACUGUACAUGUUCUUUAUAAUAAUGUAUAAUUUGUGAUUAAAUUCUAAUUCUAAGAUGAAUAAACAUGGCACUUAAGUUGUAUUAUGGCAGUGUAAACUUUUUUUGGGGUCACCCUGUACAUCUUGUACUAUGAAUAUGUAUUAUUUUACUCUGCUUGAACUAAUAAAUCUUGUACUGUGAAUAUGUAUUAUUUUA